GAAACUCAAACAUCUCAAAUGAAGACUGGGAGGAUUGAAUCGGGCAAAUGAACUAUUUGCCUUUUUAGUUUAUAUGCCGCGCUGUUCAGCACCAGGGACGUGGGAUAUUCACCUUUAACAUUCUUAUAUAGAAUUAUCGGCUGUUUUCAUUACAUAAAAGAAGUGCAGAGCUCUUCGCCGCAGGCAGAUAUGGAGCAGGUAUCAGAUGAUGAGUUGGACCAUGCUGCUGAAGAAGACAGCGAUAAGGAGGACCAGGAUCUGGACCAGAUGUUUGGCACCUGGUUGGGAGAACUGGACAAACUCACACAGAGUUUGGAUGAUGGGUGUCUAGAGAAAAUGCAGAAAGCUCCACUCAGACAGGAAACAAACCUUGCCAACUUCUCUUACCGUUUCUCUAUGUACAACAUCAACGAAGCCAUUAACCAAGGUGAGACAGUGGACCUGGAUGCCCUCAUGGCUGACCUGUGUUCAAUAGAACAAGAGCUCAGCACUAUCGGCAAACCCAUGAGCAAGACCUCAGAUGGCAAAUCUAGGCAAAGACCCACAGGCCGCUCGGCCAGCACCAAACACACCGGAGGGGGCAGUAGCGGAGGAAGCACCAGCAGCAGCACCAGAGCUUCUCCUGCUUCCACCGUACGCGCUGGCAGCAGCCAGUCACGGCCCCUGGCCUCCAACAUCUCCCUGGAUGACAUCACCGCUCAGCUAGAAAAGGCCUCCCUGAGCAUGGACGAGGCAGCAAGGCAGACUUCUCAAUCUUCCUCGUCAUCCUCCACCUCAUAUUCAUCUGCAACUCUGUCUCACCCGCCUUCUCACUCACAUCAUCGCCGCACAGGAUCGGUUGGUACGGUCAGUGACCAGGAAGUGCACUCGAUCGGUCAUUCAUCCAGGUCGAGCAUCAAUUCUGCCUCGGCAUCCAGCAUGGACUCGCUGGACAUUCGAGGGCAGGAGAAUGAUGUGCAGUCACAGAAUCAGAACCAAAGCCAGACUAGCACAGAGCAUGUCUCACUGCGAAGGGCCAAUGGUAAAGCUACCAGACGGCAUCUUGACUUCACCUCACAGGAGGGGGAGGUGGAUCAAAGUACUCACUCGUAUCUGGACAGGGAGACCUCUCUGAUUCUGAAAAACAUUGCAGGAAAACCCUCUCACCUGCUGACCAAGGAGGAGCAGGCGGCCAAAGCGAAGGCUGAGAAAAUCCGUGUGGCACUAGAGAAAAUUAAAGAAGCCCAGGUGAAAAAGCUGGUGAUACGUGUACACAUGUCAGAUGAGAGCUCAAAGACCAUGAUGGUGGAUGAGAGGCAGACAGUCAGGCAGGUGCUGGACAGUCUGCUGGAUAAAUCUCACUGCGGUUACAGUCCGGACUGGGCUCUGGUUGAGACCAUCCCUGAGCUACAGAUGGAGAGAAUUUUUGAAGACCAUGAGAACCUGGUGGAGAACUUGCUCAACUGGACCAGAGACAGCCAAAACAAACUCCUGUUCAUUGAACGGAUUGAAAAGGAUGCACUUUUCAAAAAUCCACAGAACUAUUUACUUGGGAGGAAGGAGUCCUCUGAGAUGGCAGACAGAAACAAGGAGGCAUUGCUGGAGGAAUGUUUUUGUGGAAGCUCAGUGUCUGUUCCUGAAAUCGAGGGAGUGUUGUGGUUGAAGGAAGAUGGCAAAAAGUCUUGGAAGAAGCGCUACUUUCUUCUGAGGGCAUCUGGCAUCUAUUUUGUGCCAAAGGGCAAAGCCAAGGCUUCAAGGGAUUUGGUGUGCUUCCUGCAGUUGGACCAUGUUAAUGUUUAUUAUGGUCAGGAAUACCGGAGCAAGUACAAGGCCCCCACUGACUACUGCCUGGUCCUCAAGCACCCUCAGAUCCAGAAGAAGUCACAGUAUAUCAAAUACUUAUGCUGUGAUGAUGUCAGAACUCUACACCAAUGGGUCAAUGGCAUUCGUAUUGCUAAGUAUGGGAAGCAAUUGUAUGUGAACUAUCAGGAAGCCAUGAAGCGCACUGAGGCUGCCUAUGACUGGUCUUCUCUCUCCAGCACCAGCAUCAAGUCAGGAACAAGCUCAGUCAGUAUACCUGAGUCACAGUCACACUCCAGCCAGGCAGACAGUGGUAUGUCAGAUGGUACUUCAUCCUCCCAUGCCCGCUCCCAGAGUGUAGUCAGUUCAAUCUUCUCUGAGGCAUGGAAGAGAGGGACUCAAAUAGAGGAGAGCACAAGGGCAAGGCCAGAAUCAAUCCGUUCUACCCAUUCAAGCUAUAGCAGCCAUUCUUCUCAUCAUGUGCCUCAACAGCAGCUUUCACACCCACAGCAACAGUCACAUCCAUAUUCAGUUCCACUGUCACAUGGAAGUGUCAAUCAGCCACCGACACAGGCACAAGUACCACCCCAGGCAACUCUAGCCCCACAACCACCUCCUCCACCACCCCCUCCUCCAAUUUCCAAUAUCCCCCACCAUGCCACACCUACAGUGUUCGCCAAAUACAGCACUAUCACUCGGCUUCAGAAUGCCACUCAGGCCACAAUUCACCACAAGCCUCAGACUCAAGUACAGCAGCAAGUGCCACCUGUCCCACUGGCCUCCAAACCACAAUCAAACAAUGUUCCCCCAGGGGCUAACAUCCCACCCCCUCCUCCUCCACCUCCACCUGCCCCAAUGCCUCCACCUGGAUCAGCCAUGGCUGUUUUGAAACUUGGUCCUCCUGCCCCAGCAACAGUUCUUCAGUCCUACCAUCCUCCUUCCCCCUCAUCUCCACCUCCACCACCUCCUCCUCCCAUAAUGCCCAUGCAGUCACAGUCUCUACCACUUUCACCUCCCAUUAUGCCAAUGCAGACACAACCUUUACCACCUCCUCCUCCCAUAAUGUCCUUGCAGUCACAGCCUUUACCACCUCCUCCUUCCAUAAUGCCUUUGCAGUCACAGCCUUUACCACCUCAUCCUCCCAUAAUGCAUGUGCAGUCACAGCCUUUACCACCUCCUCCUUCCAUAAUGCCUGUGCAGUCACAGCCUUUACCAUCUCCUCCAGCCUUAGUGCCAAUCCAGUCACAACCCCUGCCACCUCCUCAACCCAUAGUGCCAAUCCAGUCACAGACUUUCCCACCUCCUCCACCCCCUCUGCAGGCUAAUGGCCUUUCCCCUCCUCCGCCUCCCUUCACAGUACAGGAAUCUUUCAUAUCCAAUGGACACAAGCAGGUCCUUGCCCACAAAUUUCCCAGUGUACCCCAGGAUGUAAUACCACCAGCCAAUCAGAUCCAUUAUCCUCCCCCUCCACCACCGCCACCAUCAGCACCUACACUCCCUCCUCAACAGCAUGCAGCUCCAAAUCCACCACCACCGCCUCCAUCAGCUACAAUGCAGCUGCCAAUUCAUCCUGCAGUUUUGCCCAAAACUUUCACUGGUGGAUUUCCACCCCUGACAGCACCAAAACCUUCGUAUGGCAUUCUUCCAGCAUCCCCAGUACCUCCAUCACCUCAAACUCCAGUACCACCACCACCACCUCCUCCUCUACCUAAUGCACCACUGAAGAACCCACCUACACUACCCAAGCAACACAGCAUCUCCAAGACACUACCCUUCUCCAGCCAAACCUCUUCAGUGCCAUCUCUGGUUAAGCAGCUUGCUAGCCAGUUUCCUGUUGCAUCUCCUGCAACGACCAAUCAAACUGAGUCUCAAAGUCACAAAGCUCCCCAGUCCCCACCUGCAGUGAAGGCUAAACCAAAAUGGCAGCCUGUAGGUCAAGGCCAGCAGCAACAGAGGUCACCUGAAUUUCCACUGCCUCCUCCAGAGAGUACCCUUGCCUUUCCUUCACCUGCAACUCCGACACCACCACCUCCUCCUCCUCUUCCUAUGUCAGGCUCCCCUAUCAGGAAAUCCCCCUCUGGCCCAUCUGCAGGGGUCAAGAAACCUCCACUGCCUCCUCCAGAGAGUACCCUUGCUUUUCUUUCACCUCCAACUCCGCCACCACCACCUCCUCCUCCUCCUCUUCCUAUGUCAGGCUCCCUUAUCAGGAAAUCCCCCUCUGGCUCAUCUGCAGGGGUCAAGAAACCUCCACCGACUCCUCAGCGCAACACCAGUGCAAAGUACAAUGCCUCUGUGGACUACCAGGAGUCCUGCAGGAACUUGGUGAGCAAGUUUAACCCCAGUUCUGCUUCAUCUACAACAACCUCUAGUAGCUCAACCUCCAAAGAUCUUUCUACAAGUCCCCGUGCACCCCCCAAACCAGGGAAGCUCAAUCUGGUAAAUCUUCCUUUGGUUUUGCAGAAUAAAUUGAAUCAGAACCACCAAUCGACUGCAGACUUCCCAUCCCCUCCACCCCCAGGAAAUGACAUCUUCCCCCCUCCCCCACAGGAGUCUGACCUUCCUCCACUACCACCCCUUCCAGGUGAUCCAAAUGGUUUGUCUCCGAAGGUGGCUGUGGUCAAUCCUCAGCCCCAGCCUACUUGGGGCAAGAGUUCCAUGAGGAAGACACAACCUCAUCCAUCAAUUCACUGUAACAAUACUUUUAGAGAGUCUCCAUCACUCUCACCACCUUCCAUACAAGGGGGCCCUAUUCCUCCUUCUUCCAAAGGCAACACACAGCCAAACUUCUUGGAGGACCUUAACAAGACACUGAAACGGAAGUCCUUACGAGUCUCUGGAGACAAAUUGGACCCUGUGACCACAAUGGAUGACAUGGCUUUGCCACCACCUCCACCUGAGCUUCUGCAUGAUCAAUUGAGACACAGUGGUAGUGGCUUCAUGUCCGGUAAUAUCUCAGGCUAUGCAACGCUACGGCGAGGGCCGCCUCCUGCCCCUCCCAAGCGGGACCACAGCACCAAACUAACAAACUAGAAAUCUGCAACUUUUCCUUGACUCUCUUGCUUGCUAUUUUCAUGUCUGUGUCAUAGAGUUGUAGAGGAGAAAGCCAUAAUUUUGUUGACAUGCUCUGCUUCCUCUGUACAAAACAGCUCAAGAAGUUUCAGCUUUACUGUGACUUUGUGACAGUGCAUCAGUUCCAGUUCCAUACAACUGUGGAGUGAUUCCACUUCAACACCUUGGUACUGCAUGGAAGAAAAAAAUACAUUAGACUAUAAAUCUUAUUGUUUUUUUGGGAAGUCAAACAUUUUGAACUUUGGGGUUGGGUGGGAUUUUCAAUUUUAAUUUUAGAUUGUUUAUAUAUUAUCGAUUACUUAACAUCUGAAGAUAUUUUGUUAUUUCAGACUGAAGUUUGGUAAUGGUAAUGGUUGGAUGGUUAUUGCUGUUUGAGGAGUUUUAGAUGGGUAAGUUGAUUUAGACAGUGUGUUCGGUUGGUAUAUUAGUUUGGCACAACUUUAGCCAUUUAUGUGGCAGAUCCAGUGCUCAAUGGAGGAUCUUGAAUGUAUCCUGAUCACUAUUGUUCUUUGAGCCGCUUUAAAUGCGUUUUAGUUGUUAUUGCAAAACUGUAACAUGAAGGACUUGUUCAGGGAGUUGACUCGUUGUCUAGUUCUGUGAGACUGUGGAAUGUUUGCUUUUUUUAUUAGAACUGUUUAAAUUGUAGAUAUUCUCAUUUUCUGCAGUAUCUUUGUUUAGGUAAGACAAAUUACUGCCUUGCUGUUCCAUGUUGGUCCUUGCUUCCUCUGGUGAACAUCCAUGCUGACUUUUACAAAUUGUUCACCUAUGGAGAGAUAGGCUUCUAAGCCAUGUGACUGAGUGACACAAACCUUAUUCACAUAGAUUUAUAUAACCUGUAUUACAACCUGUAUUAUUGGCUCAUGAUUACAGCCAUGCCUUAAGAUUCUAUAACAUGCGUGUACAAUAACCGAUAAAAAUAUUAUCAUCUUUCAAAAAGAGGCCAUUAGGAAGUAAAAUUUCCCUGUAGGUUUUACUUGUUAAAGGGUUCCGACAUAUUUUUCAACUUCAUAAUCUUACAGUGAGCACCUAUAAUGGCUCUAUAAGAGCUACUUUGCAUUAGUAAAAACAAGAAUGCAUAUUAUCUCUUAUCAACAUUUGAUUUGGAAGAAUUUGUUUAUUGAAUGUAUUUACAUUAUCAUGAAACUUUUCAGGCUGUUGAGAAGUGACUAACAGAAGUUAUUAUUUAAAUUAUUAAAGUUUCCGGUCAUGAUCCAUCGAA